GAUUAAAGAGGUUGAAGUGCGUAGUCCUGCAGCCGGUUGAACGAAGAGACUUUAGGCUUUGGAAAAUAAUCCCUUUUAAUGGAUAUUAUUAGGCAUGCAUGUAUACGUAUUAAUAAUCAAUUCUGAAGACAGCAGAACCACAUAACAACUCCACCCACAUACAGGGAAGAAAGAAGUCGAGUUGUAAGGUCGGCUACUGUCGCAAUUUGAGGAGAUGGAUGCAGAGAAUGGAGCAGUUUUCUUUGGGCUAAGGGACGAGGAGGGGGCAGUAGAUGGUGCCUUGGCUGUUGACGGGCUGUUCUCUUCCCCUCAAACCUUGGAGGAGUGGGCUCUGGAACCUCACUGUGGUCUGAAUGAUAGUGAAACGGAAGAUGUCCUCCACGCAAUCAACCCAAAUGAGGUGUUUCCUUCAGGACCCCCUGGGGAGGCGCUCUCAGAGAGUGACAGCGGUAUCUCUGAGGACCCCUGUUCUAAAACCCCGCCUCUGCAAGGCCCUCCUACCGUCUACCAGGUGGUAUAUGAUAUCAGCAGUCUGAGCAGCAUCAAGACUGAACCAGAGCAACACAGUGUGGAUGUCAUCUCCAUAGAGCUGGAUCAGUGGAGUUCACAGAUGUUGAUCUCAGAGUCUUGCAUUGUGAAUGAGCUUCCCAUGGUGCCCACACCAAAACCUGAAAGUGUCCUUGCUGCCAUUUCCAAAGAUGACCACAGUCUGGACGAUAUACCGCUUUACCCUGAUCUCCUUCUGACUGAGGAGGAACAGAAGCUGCUGACCCAAGAGGGCAUAUCUUUACCCAAUAACCUGCCACUGACAAAGGCAGAGGAGAGGAUACUGAAGAAAGUGCGACGCAAGAUCCGCAACAAGCAGUCGGCCCAGGACAGUCGGCGCAGGAAGAAGGAGUACAUCGAUGGACUGGAGGGCAGGGUGGCAGCUUGCUCAGCACAGAACCAGGAGCUUCAGAAGACCGUGGACCAGCUGGAGAAGCACAACAUGUCUCUGCUGGCCCAGCUCCGCAGGCUGCAGUCCCUGAUCAAGCAGACGGCCACUAAAGCUGCGCAGACCAGCACCUGCAUCAUGAUCUUCCUCUUCUCCCUGGCUCUCAUCAUCUUCCCCAGUUACAGCCCCUUCAGUUGGGAUGCUGUCUCAGUGGAGGAGGGCUACACACCAACCGGAGUUAUCUCCAGAAACAUCCUUACAGACCCUGCUUCGUCUCUGCCAGUGUCCGAGGAUACAGACAGCCCUGCCCUAAAUCAUGACACGCCGCCCCUUCCUCCUGACCUGGGAAAGCCUGAUUCGCUGGAAGUCAACUCAGUGCUACUUCAGCAGCCUAUGGAUAGCUCAGAGAUGGCUAUCAAUGAAGGCCUUGCCCAGGACCAUAGCGAACCAAGAAAUGUCUCAAACAUGGUGGAAGGAAGGACUGAUGCCCUGGCUCUGGAUUUGAUGUCAGCCAAAGGACAAGGCAGUGCCAGCGUUGAUCCUACUAAACCAGCCCAUGCUGAUGAGAUGUAGUACAGUGGCAGAAAUCUCUUGCAGUAUAUAUUUUGGAACCCUUUUGAAUUCUGGAACAAUGAUGGCCAAGCUUUUUAGGGAACUUUGAAAUAACAUUUUGGUACUGUCAGAUGCUUUAUUUAGGCUAAUUGCUGCCUUGCUGUCUUCAUUAUUUGGCACAGGAUACUGUAGUGAGCAUGACUGAUCUUGUCCAAUGUUUGUUUGAUGUAGUCCCUUACUCAUAACAUUGUGUGUGGCAGGAAGUGCAUUGAAAUGUGGCUAAAACAAAGCUGACUUUUUUACUUUUUUUUCAUCAAUGAAUUUAUUAUCUUCUUCUUCUCAAGACUAUAAGAAUUCCAACAGGUUUUCAUCAGAUCAAAACCUGAAAUGUAUACCCUUGCAGAGGUUUAGUGGUCAGAGUGCCCUAUAUAGUUUGAACAGUGAUAGGAGUUUUUAACUGUAAGAACUACCAUCAUCUCUUGGUUUCCUUCAAAGAAGGCCGUUGGUCAAAUCAGGUUCAUGAUUAGCACCAUUUCCUAUCUCCUUAACAACAUUUUUGUAUCUAUAUUACACAUCUUGUUCUGAAUUUAAUAUUUAUGUUGUUUGUAUUUAUAAACAAAGGGAAGAGUAUGAGGAAAGCUUUAAUUUUAUUAUUUUUUAUUGAGUUGUGCGGCUUCCUAGCGGACACUUUGUAAGUUAGGGACUGCAGAAGCAAUUUGAGG